CCGAUGCUCCCGGCCGCCAUCACUCCCCGUUCUCUCACACCUCCGCUGAAUGCUCGUGUUUUCACCGGGGCGUCCAUGUCAACAUUUCCUUGCUUCUAAAAACAAUUCGUACAGUCUGGACUCCAUAAGACACCAAGUAGUACUAUUAUCAUCCGUUUCUGAAUGACGGGCGGUCGGUUCGACUUUGACGAUGGUGGCACCUACUGCGGAGGCUGGGAGGACGGUAAAGCCCAUGGCCACGGUGUGUGCACCGGACCCAAGGGCCAGGGUGAGUACUCGGGCUCAUGGGCCAACGGUUUCGAGGUGGUCGGAGUUUACACCUGGCCCAGCGGCAACGUGUAUAAGGGCUACUGGGCGCAAGGGAAACGGCACGGACUCGGCGUAGAAACUAAAGGGAGGUGGAUUUACCGGGGAGAGUGGGCUCACGGGUUCAAGGGUCGUUAUGGAGUCCGACAGAGCCUGAACACACCAGCCAGGUACGAGGGCACCUGGAAUAACGGGCUGCAGGACGGAUAUGGCGUGGAGACCUACGGUGAUGGAGGUACAUAUCAGGGUCAGUGGACCGGUGGCAUGCGUCAUGGCUACGGUGUACGUCAAAGUGUCCCAUAUGGUAUGGCCUCUGUCAUCCGCUCACCUCUACGGACCUCCCUGGCUUCUCUCCGCAGUGAACAAAGUAAUGGCACAGUACUACAUGAUAACCUGUCUGAUAGCCCUGCCGGCACACGCGGUGGCUUUGUGCUCAACUUCCACUCCAAUGGAGAGGGUUCAGAGAGGAAGAAGGGUCUUUUUCGACGUGGCUCCCUCUUUGGUAGCCUUCAGCGACUGCGCAAAUCAGACUCGCGCUCAUCAAUUUCCAGUAAGCGCAGCUCAGCACACAGUGAUACCACCAUGAGCCGCAUCAGUUCCAGUGACGCCAACUCAACCAUCAGCUUUGGAGAUGGAGAGCCAGGUGAUGACUACCUGCCUCUGGAGGACAAUGUGGAUGCCACCACCACUGAGUCCUACAUGGGUGAGUGGAAGAACGAUAAGCGCAGCGGCUUCGGUGUCUCUGAGCGCUCCAAUGGCAUGAAGUAUGAAGGCGAGUGGUUGAACAAUAAACGCCAUGGCUACGGCUGCACAAUCUUUCCAGAUGGCACCAAGGAAGAAGGGAAGUACAAGAACAACGUGCUGGCCCGGGGCAUCAGGAAGCAGCUGAUCCCGCUGAAGAACACCAAGACUAAACAGAAGGCGGAUCGAGCCAUUGAGGGAGCAGUGAGAGCUGCAGCUAUUGCCAGAACCAAAGUGGAGAUUGCCAUCUCCAGAACGUCCCAUGCUCGGGCCAAAGCAGAGGCUGCAGACCAGGCUGCUCAGUCAGCCGCUCAGGAUUCAGAGAUCGCCAGAGCUGUGGCCAGAGAGCUUUCUCCGAGCUUCCAUCAGCCAGGUCCUGACUACAUAAGGCAGAAGUAUAAUGAGCCAGUAGAGGUGAAGGAGGUUCCUGUGGAGGAGAAAAAGGAGAAAUCUCCCUCAGGGAGCCCUCAUUUCUACCGUAAAGGAACAACACCUAACCAGUCUCCAUCUCAGAGCCCAGAACCCAGCCCUUCUCCUUCUCCCACCGCACCUAAAAAAACCUUUUUUAGCAGCAAAACUCCUGCCAGCGUCCCUCCUGCAAAGCCUGCUGGGAAAGACAACAAAACCCCGACAGCUGAGUCUUUGACAGCAGGCAUAACAAAGGCAGCAUCAAAACCUUCUCUCAGACAGGAAGUGAGGCAACAGGAGACUCCUUUGGCAGUCAAACCAGCUGUUACCACGACAGUCAGCAGUUACCCUAGCAAUGGGCAGAUUCACCCCCAGUACCAUGGUUACUAUGUCAAGGCAGAUGUCAAGAUUUCACCACCUGAUGCACCAACUGGUAUAGAUGAUGACCUUCACCCAUCGAGCCAUGCACGGAUGUCGCCACAAGCAAAACAAAUUUGGACGCCAGCUCUAAAAUCCCCGCCAGCCCCGAGUCUUUCACCAGUUCCAUCAAAAGACAGCACCAAAGCACUGGAGCCUGCCAAGCCAAAAAAACAGGAAUCAACCAAAACAAAGAACCUUGCAGAAACCAAGAAAUCUAGUGUGGAAAUAGAUCCUGAAAUUGUAGAGGAGUCGGGCCCUAACUCUAUCUUGGUCGCUCUUGUGAUGCUGCUGAACGUAGGUCUAGCAAUCAUUUUCGUCCAUUUCCUCACCUGACCAAAUUUCAACUCGGCGGACUCAUCCAAACUACUCCCUCACACUGCUAACUCUCCAUCAGCCAAAUGGGCCUUUCAAAAAAUGGCGCCAGUCAGAAAAGCUGACACGGGCAAAACGAAAGACUGAAAAUAGACGAGGAGGAGUAGAAGGGGAGGAAAAAGACGAGAGGAGAGGGCAGAGGAGCAGAGAGAGAGAAAGAUGAAACCUCCACCACCAACCCGCCACUCAGCCCUCUCUCUGGAUGGACUAAAUGACUGUCUUCAGUGUCUGAGUCCAACUUGGGUGGACUGGCAAUGAUUUGUGACUUUAGUCAAAGUGCAGUGAAAGCUGAAGCAAGUAGUUGCAGGUUGGAAAUGGACCCCUGAGCCCCAGUGUUGAUUCUCUGUCAGGGUUAGAAAUAACAGGAGGCCUGGAGAGUAGAAUGAAUAUGAGUGAGUGUGAGGUCUGGCAUCUAUACUGCCGAUAAAUGCUUGUAAGUGUGUAUGCUUGUCGGCCUAUAGAUCCAUUUCCAUCCAACUGUUCAGAAAAUUUGGAAGUUUUGAAAUGCUGCAAUAAAAUGCUUGUCCCUCGCCCAGCUGAGUUGCAGGGAACUUGUUUCCUAAAUGAUCCACCAGAAGAGUGAAGUGUUAAAUAGCACUGGAAAAUUCAUUACUGUCCCUCAGUUCAACUAAUGUCAGAUGUCAGGCUUUCAUUCAAAGUAACUAUCAUCAGAUAGGCUACUUACACUUUAGAGGGACAGUUAUGUUAUAUCAGACAUUUAUGAAAGCCAGGGAGUGCACUUUAAUCAGGCUGUUCCGGGUCAGUCACACAAGACUUUAUCAUUUAGUCAGUCAAUGCCCUUGUGCUGCCAAAUUUUGCAUAUUGUGUUGAUUAAGAAGCAUUAUUCUGCUUCAAUUGGGCAUGAAGAUGUUUUACUGAUGGCGGAGCAGUUUUUGUUGAAUUUUGUUGCUUGUGCUUAACCUUCUGUUACAUAAAAAUCCACAAAAUUGAUUUGGAUGAAAACCAAGCCUGUGGAUAAAUCUCAGUGUAUUUUACAUGUGUGUCUAUUUCUGCUAUUUGUGUGUUUGUGGGUGGGUGGGCGGUGGACUGGAUAUGUUUAGUUAUGCACUUUGAGCUGAUGGAAGCCAACAGCUGCCUUACCGUUUUACAGAGUGAUGUGGUGGUGGGUGAGAGGAGCCCGGGCAGGAAUGUGAAGCGCUCUGCUGACUCUCCCUCUCCCGGGUCCUGGGAGAGUAGCUCUAUUUCUAUCACACUCUGUCAAUCGAUCUGUUCAUAUCUGUUUUUAUCCGUUUCUGUGGAUCUCAGCACCUGCUGUUUUCUCUACCAAAUGAGGUGCACAUUAGACAAUCAGAGGGGUUUUAUUCCAAAAUAAAAGGCUAAAGUUGCAUUUUGGAGGCUUAACCAGAACCUCGUAAUUUUUAAACAGUUUAAGUUGUUCAUUUUUAUUUUGUAACUAUUAUACUAUAGUUAAUUUCCUACUUGUAAUCUGUUUUGUCAAAGUACAAUAGGUGUUGGAGUUGUUGGAACUAAAUUCCUCUUUUAAUCAGUGAAAGUAAGAUUCUAUUUGACAUGAUCACUGCUUGUAUCUGCCGUCACUGACACUUAGCACUGAAUCAUGCAUUUAGAUUUUUAGGUUUUUCAUUGUUUUCACUUGUGCUUCCACAAUCCACAUUACUACUAAAUUCAACACUGGCUAUUAUGUCCUGUCUAUGGUCGGAUAGGGUUUGUGGUUUUAUAGCUAUAUAUACCAGGGUAUAUGUAUGUGAGUGUGUGUAUGUAUGUGUGUGUGUGUGUGUGUGUAUAGUUUUUUAAUUAGCAGAUGAAACUAAGCCUAACAUUGGGUAGACAUUUUUAAUUUAAAAAUAUAAUUACCUGAACUGUUAUAAUUUCAGUGCUUUAUCAAAGUUAGGCCAAAGAUAGGCCCAUGGUGGAAAAUGAAUAAAACUAAAACUGACUGGACGACAGUUGGAGUUAAAUGUCACAAAAUGACUGGUAAAUGUCUGGAUUGGUCUGACCUGGUUCACCGCGUUGAGAGUAUCUGUAGCUCAGGUUAACUAAAUGUGGGCUACUGAGAUUCAAAUGUCUCAUCUUCUGCUUUGGUCUGAAUCAGGAGCUGUAAUUUGGUCAAUAGAGACAAGAAGUCAAGUAUCAGUGGUAUGAAGAGCUCCGUUUCAUUUUUCCUAAACAGAUAUUUACAUGCAUGACUCUAGUUCAGAGUUGUAGUAUGAAAUGAGAUCAAGAGUGUUGUGACAGUAGGUUUGUAGUUGUGUAUGAGCAACUACAAGCUGUUCUGCAGUGGGCAUAAGUAGCUGCUAUGAUAAAAUCUGACAUGAAUGUCUAUAAGACAGGCUUGAAAUAGGAUUUUAAAAUCUGUUUAGGAAAAGUGUUAACACUAAAACCUGGUGUUAGGUUGGUCUUGUGCUGUCUGCAUGUGCUGUCAACAUUACCUGGAAUACCAUGGUGCCCAUCUAUUGCACUAGAAAAACAAACAUUCAAAGGUACUGACUUAAACAGCAAUGCUGUACAGUGACAUAUAGUUCCACUGGUGUCUGUACUAUGUACCAGUGUGCAAAAAUGUGAUCCAUAUGCAAAACAGUACUUGCUGAUAUUCUUUUUUUCUUUGAACUACAUUAACAUAGCAUAAGCAAUAUACUGUAUUUUAUAUAGCAUAUAUUAUCCAGGAAAAUGACCUUUUCCUACUCACCUAGUCCUGAUGUUUGCAUCUACCUUUGUUGACAGACUAGUGUUGACGUUAUCAUUGUACGUUUAGCCACUACACUGUAUGAGCUUGUGGCCAUUCUGGGAAAUGUGGAGCUGUUAACUUGAGUUUUGUUGUACCAUUUUAUACUGUACUAUAUACUGUAUUUUGUUAGUAAUUUGAGAAUUGCUAUUUAUUGAUGUUGCCGGUCACAACACAGUUUCCAUAAAUUUUAUGGCAGAGCCUUUAUCACACACAGUGGCUUCAUUGCAGUGUUAAAAAUGUGAACUACUGCUAAGUCCUAUGAUUUUAGUAACACAGACUAUCCAAGGAAUCCUGCGCAGAAAAGUCCUUGGAAGAAGGGUUCAUUUAAAUCGUUUGCUACAAAAUAUAUAUAUGCUAUAAAACACAUGGAUAUGAUUCAGAAUAUAUCUAUAUAUAGAGUUAUAUAUGAUACAUAUAGAUAGAUAUAGAUAAAAUAACGAGUUUGCUAAAUAAUAGUUGAACUGUGUUUAUAUUUGAUGUGUUACUAAAAAUGGAUUUUGUCAGGGAAGAGACAUUUGUAAUAAUUUCUCUACAUGAUAGUAUAGUAUGAUGCCUGUUCUGUGUAACAGUGGCCUCAUAAAUAUAUUUUAUUGUUGAUAUAUCCUGCAUAUUAUAACAAGCUUAAGUUUCUAUACAUAAUGGUGAAUAUGCUUCAUUUUAUGGGUUUGUAAUUUUUAAAAUAUGUUUAAUUAGGUUCUUUCCAAGAAAUUUUCUAGGAAAUAAUUAGGAAGUUACAGACUUGAAAAAUAAAGCAUUACUGUGAUAGGAUGUACUAUUUUUUUCCUAAACAUCUGUUUUAAUUGAAAUACACACGGUGUACAGUUAGGUAUACCUAACUUUUGAAAUUUCAUGCUAAUUGCAAUCAGUGUCUUAGUUAAUAUGCUUAGUUUUAUUCUGUAUAUUAAUUAGGUGGUUGAUCAGUCACUUUUAGAUAUAGAUCAUGUGCAUGGGUUGAAUGAUGUUGUUCUGUUAUAUGUGGUAUCCUGUUUGGAUUUGGCCAAUCAGCAUUUGAGGUUCUCAGCUGGAGUGCUGUCGCCUAUUGUUCCAGACCAAGCGAGUUCAGUUAGAAUGUUGUAUGCGCUGAAAUAUGGUUAAGCAGUACUGUCAGAGACCAUGGUAUAAUCUGAGUAAUUCAUUCAGAUUUAUAGAAGCAUAGUGUAAGACUAGCUUUCAUUGUAUGUUUAAUAUCCAUACAUUUCAAUGGUUGGGGCCUCAAGACCAGCAGUUUUUUUAAGAUCAGUAAUGAAUGUUCUGAGGAACAUUUUUCAGCUGAGGUCGUCCCUGGUAGGCUAGUGGUUAAGGCGCAGCACUCUCGCCGCAGCGCCCCGGGUUUGAAUCAGGGUUGCG